AUGGGGUUCUUCGGUAUCAGCAACGGGCGCGAGUGCUACUGCAUGCCGUACCUCAAGCAGAUGGCGGGUGACAGCAGCCAGUGCGAUGCCGUCUGCGAGGGCGACAAGGGCACCACCUGCGGCGGCAAGACGAAGAGCUCCGUCUUCGAGAUGCACAUGUGCCAGCAGACCUUCACGGACAUGACGGACGCCAAGGAGGCCAUGGAGCAGGCGGGCCUCACCUUGGCGUCCGCGGAGGUGAAGUUGACCGCCGCGGCGCAGGAGAUGCAGGGCGCCGCCGAAGACCUGCAGGCAGCGUGCGGGGAGGCCGGCGACGUCUCGGGCUCCGCGCUGGCCCAGGCGGCGAAGGUGCGGGCGGGGGCCCUGCUGGAGGCGGUGGGCGCGGCGAAGACGCUGUCCUCGGAGGUGGACGGCAUGAAGGGCCAGGCGGACGGCAUG